GGACGCGGGACGCUCCGACAUGCCCCACCCCCUUCACUCUGCCGGGCCCCUGAUUGGCGGAGCCAGGGGAGGACCUCGCAGACAACCACACCAACCAGACCUGUUCUGCUGUGUCUCCUGUGUGUCCUGUCUUCCCUGGUGGAUCUAAUCACCGCCUGUCCUCCGUCCUGCUUCUGCAACGCCACAGACGUAGACUGCAGCGGGCGCGGCCUGCUCUCCAUGCCCGCCCUCACCCAUCUCCCCGUCACCGCCCACACCCUCCUGCUGCCCAACAACCACCUCUCCUCCCUGGGUCCAGGGUCCUUUGGUCCUUCGGCUAACCUCACCUCCCUGGAGCGACUGGAUCUCUCCAACAACUACCUGGAUAAUCUUCCCCCAGUGCUCUUCAAGGACCUGGGGAAUCUAUCAGAUCUGACCCUCCACAACAACAGUCUUAGGGCCUUGGAUAGGAAUCUCUUCCAGGGACUGGUGGGGCUGAGGAAGCUAGAUGUUUCCCUCAACGGGCUGUCUGAUAUCCCCCUGGGUCUGCUGGAUGAGCUGCAGGGGCUGACGUGGCUCUCUGUGGCCGGGAACAGGCUCCAUGCCCUGGAGAGAGCAGCCUUUGAGCCCCUGGCUAAUCUCCAGUCUCUUCAGCUCGGGGCUAACCCCUGGGAGUGUGACUGCAACCUGAGGGACUUCAAGCACUGGAUGGAGUGGCUGCUGUACAGAGGUGGUAAGGUAGAUGGGGUGGAGUGUACCCUCCCUAAGGACCUGCGAGGCCGGGACAUCCGUGGUGUUCCAGUGGAGAUGUUCAACUACUGCCUCCAACUGGAUGACGAGAACAGGGGAGGAGGGGGGACGCGGAGUGGAGGAAAAGAGGGUUCAUCCCCGCCCUGCGGCCCAACUACCAGCUCCGGAGGCACCGGCGGAGCCCCCACAUCCGAAUCUGAAGUCCCCCCUGCGGGCGACCUGGUGCCCGUCCCGGACUGUGUGCGGCGGCGCUACCAGCCGGUGAGCGUGCGGAGGGCCAUCGGGACGGUGGUGAUAGCCGGGGUGGUGUGUGGCAUCGUGUGUAUCAUGAUGGUGGGGGCGGCGGCCUACGGAUGUAUCUAUGCCUCGCUCAUGGCCAAGUAUCAACGAGAGCUGAAGAAGAGGCAGCCGCUGAUGGGAGACGGGGAGGGUGACGCAGACCCUGAGGACAAGCAGAUCUCCUCUGUGGCAUAGAGGGGUCAGGGGUUAGAGGUCAGGGGUCAAGGUUGAAAGGGCUCUAU